AUGCGACAGGACAUGUAGUAGUUGAGCUCCGCUCCCCCUGGCCAUUAAAAGCUAUAAUCUAGCGACCACCUCUCUUAAAAUGGUCCGAAACAAGAAGCCCCAGACCCUGGGUGGCACCCAGCUCCCCGAGCAAUGAAAGCGCGGGAGAUCCCUCACUAGACAGCACUCAGGAUGACACGCUGGCGCUGAUCAGACAGGAGCUGUCCAUGAUAUCAGUGCAGAUGCUUACCAAAGUUGACAUGGGGGGACUCCUGAGAGAACUCCGGUCAGCCAUCAAAGAGGAAAUCAUGGCCCUGCGGGCAGACUUAAUGGCGGUGGAGGCGCUGGAAACGGAGGCCCAAGCGAGCCGUUCAUAACACCAAGCCGCUGAACUAGCCACCACGCAUCAGGGGAACCUGCUCCUCUCUCUCCUACGCCAGGUUGAAGAUUUAGAAAACCGGAGCCGAAGACAAAAUAUUUGGAUUAGAGGCUUACCUGAACCCGACACGGCACCCCUGCAAGAAACACUGAAGGUCCUCUUCCGGCAGAUCCUAGGCCAGGAGUGUCCAGCGGAGAUCCAACUGGACCGGGCGCAUAGGGCACUGGGACCGCAGAGACUGGACAGCAGGCCACGAGAUGUCCUGUGCUGCCUCUAUGCCUAUAGCCUUAAGGAACGACUGAUGGCAGCAGCCCGAGACUCGGAAAGCAUACACUUCAGGGGAGCGGAUGUGGCCCUAUUCCAGGACCUGUAUGGUCUCACUCUGGAUGCCAGGCGAGCAAUCCGGCCCCUAACGACAACCCUGCGAGACAAAGGUAUUGCAUACCGGUGGGGCUUCCCAUUCAGCCUCCAGAUUCGGCAGGGGAAUACCUGGCUCCACGUGCGCUGGCCGGAGGAUGUACCACGAGCCCUGCGAGCCCUUCACCUGCCGAACAUCCGCAUCCGGAACUGGCUCCUGGAUAGUCUGCUGGCACCACAUCAAGACACUGCGGGUGAAUAUCGCCCACCCCCAACCCCGAGAGAGGGUGCGCGGGCCCCAAGGAUGCUGGGAGGCCUGAGAGGUGCGGAGGAGUAAGAAGAACAUGGCCUGACGACAGCCAGGCUGCCAGGUACUGGGGUUUCGCCGGGAGCCGGGUCUGCAUCUGCCCCUAGGGGAAUAGCUGAGUUAGGUGGGGAGGGAAGCGAAGAAUCCUCACCUGCUAACCGGGGACACAACCCCCCCCCCCAAUAGAGAGGGAAUCUUCUGCUGUGGAGUGCCCCUUCUCUCCUCACUCCGCGGGAUCCGGACCACCGGGGGCGGGGGGGAGGGAGGGCAAAGCGAUGUUAUUGAUUUACUGUGGGACUCUUGGGGAAUUGCUCUCAAUGGACGCAGGGAGGUGAAGGGAGCCCCGCAGUCUAAACCUGAACAGCUGCGGGACACUGGGAGAAAAUGCCCUUCACUGAAACGGAGGGAGGGAGGAAUACCGCACUAUAUUGCCCGACAGCCAACAGUCACUGUGGGAAUUGCUCUUAGGCAAUGUGGGGAGGAGGAGGGAACACCACUAUACGUUGGGGAUCCGCUACCAGACAUAGAUGGGGUGGUACCUAUAGGACACCGAGACGGGAGCUGGGAAAGCCAUAUAGCCUGGGAGACUUGAUUAAUGGGGGGAGGAAGAGCAUUACAGAUGACUGGGACGGGGAAGCCGUUAGAGCAGCCGUCUGAUUAGCCCAAGAUGAUAGCAACACACAGCGAAGGGAGCAAGCCAAAGAAGGAGGAGUCUAGAUAGGGAACCCACAGGUCGCAAUGGAUAACAGCCGCUUGAACACCCUUCUAGCUGGGGCUACUUUGGGGGAGGCAGGCCCAGCCCUGCACUGACUUCACACUUUCUAGAGGAGGAGGAAUUACACUAGAUCACAAAGGCUGGGGGGGAGCACAAAAGGCACACACCAGAUCCACACACUACCCUGUGCCUGCAGACGCGCACGCACCCACAGACACACUGUGCAAACUACUAGGAAGGAGUGACAAGGGGGGAUAUAUUUAAAAGGGAUAACCCACCCCUUCCCCACUCACCAACCUAGACAGUUGAGUCUGACAUUGUAUAUAGUUUUACUGUUCUUUUCACUGACAACCGACACCUUAGACGACCCACCAACCAAGACCACAUUACUACUACGCACGAGCACCCAGACUACUGAACACCCGUACUCUGACCGGGAUGGUUCUCGUGAGCCUCAGGCCCACCCCCCCUUUCUUCCCUCCUUUUUUAUUUCCCUUUCCUCCCUACCUACCCCUCACCGGUCCUUGUGCAGCUGCGACAGCCCAUAUGGCCUCACUGGACACCGGGAGGUUUGCCCCGGCACCCCUACGCGUCUGGUCCAUCAACGUCUGGGGCCUGAACACCCCGCAAUGGAGGUCACAUUUGCUGAGAGCCCUGUGGGCAAACAGGGCCUCGGUAGCCCUCCUACAAGAGACCCAUUUUCAGGGGCCAACGGGACGGUACUCCGAGACCUGAGGUACCCCAUGGGAUAUUUUGCCAAUCACAGGGACAACAAGAAAGCAGGAGUGGCCAUACUCUUCGCCACUCAUGUCCCCUUUGUCUGUACGGAGGUGAAGACCGACCCACUUGGACGCUACAUCUUCAUUAAGGGCUCCAUAGCACACAAGCGCCUCCAUAUACGCACCCAACACCAGACAGCAUCGUUUCGUCUCCAAAACCUUAAAACUACUGGGACACCUAAUCCUGGCAGGGGACCUCAAUCUACCAAUAGACCCCCGGAUAGACACCUUAAGGGGGCGCAGCUCACUGCCAGACACAUGCAUCAAAACUGUACAAUCGGCGCUCAGAAUGGCGGGACUAGCGGAUUGCUGGAGAAUUUUACACCCGGAAGCCAAAGACUUCACAUAUUUCUCCCCGGUACACCGUGGCUAUAG